UAUUAGAGCUGUUCUCUAUACGUAUAUCGAUAGUCGACGUGAAUAUGUGGCAGUUUCGAUGUACAGAGAUGUGUGUUCGCGCGUUCCAACACUGAACAACACAUCUUUUCGGGCCGCUGCGAGCCGCCGUACAACAACAGAUGGACAAAGGCCAGUGAAGCUAAUGAGUGCACAAUGAGCGGAACAAGACUGCUCCUGUACAACGAAAACAUUCACUUUUCAAUAAAUGGUGACCAGUGGUGGCUUUGCCAAUUCUGUCCAAAACGGUAGCCUGAUUUUGGAUCGGGUAGACGAAACAGUCGAUAGAAACAGAAAAGUAAAUUGAUUGCUUCAGUAACCCAGUGUAUUGUUCUAUCAAUGUAAAGAUCCCUUUUAGACACAAACAUUGGUUAUCGGAGCUAGUAAAUAGAGAAAGACGGUGUUGUUUUUUGUCGUUGACGGAACGAGUCUAAAGAAAGGCUCAUUGUGAACCAGAACGGAAAUUGUCCUGUUCGAAAAAAAGAACGGACUUGACUGUGUCGUUCGUUUACUUUUCAAUAGUGUCAUCGGCUGUUUCUGUUUGCUUGUUCGUGACGUAUCUGUGUUGUUGCAAUCGGAACGCGCAUUGCAUCCAGACACUGAACACAAUCGAUGCAGAACAGUAAGAAUGACUUGAUAUUACAGACAACUAACACUUUGAAAUGGUUCUGUCAUCGUUUGACGUCCACAUCUCGUGCUUAACUGAUAACAAUUUCUGCGGAAGCAAUGAAUUCGGAUUUGCGUACGGAGAAGUGCAGGUAUUGCGUUGCCUGGAAUUAAACGGUUGAGUAUUCUCUUAGACUGUUUGAAUCCACUCAAAAUCCCCUGAGAUAGCGUCAAAAUGCCCUUAACGGAGCCCCCAUCAGCUGUUGCGGGUGGCAUGGAUGAAGAGGAGUGGAGCGUAGGUGUCUCCGACGACGAACUGCUUGCAUGCCAAUUGGACACUGGGAUGCCGUAUUUUGAACCGAAAGACCCCGAAGAAAUUGUCCGGUUGUAUGCAGUGAUGGCUGAUAAAGGCGUAAUUAAUUUGGAGUGGGUAAGCCCUGGUCGUAUGGAAGCAAAACGCGAAAACGAAGAUGCCGAUGAAAAACACGACGCCAAAGAAACAGCUAUAAAAAGCGAGUUGAAUGAGUUUGAUUUCGAUGAGCCUACACCGACCGUUUCUUUGACAUCGUUUCGAAAACAAAAAAAAAACCCCCAGGGCGGGCAACGGAAGGUGGCAUCUUUCGACAAAAUUAUGAACGAUAUAACCAAGGGUAAGUCCAGUGGUCCAGCAGCUAGUUCCAAUGUUAAAAAGGAGUCACCGACGAAAGAGAAAAAACAGCGGAAACCGAAGCAGUCAAAGGCGUCAAAGGGAGCGCUAGCAGCAACAACUUCCGUAAAUAAAACAAAUCCCGACAAAGUUACAAUAACGACGAGUGGAAGCAAUAACUCUAUUCUCUCAGGAACUGCUGUACUACAAUCUCAGAUCAAGCAGGAACAACCUGGUACUCCUUCAGCUUCCGUCACUCCCGGAACUCCUACUACGCCCACGGGUCAGAGCAAUGCUCCGACGGCGCCGAUAAACCCGUCAAGCAUUCCCACUAAACAAACCCAGCCGCAGCAACAAAUAACUGGUCUAGGCCAGGGAAUGCGGACCGGAACUGGUCCAAUUAUGGGUGGCUUGAUGGGGCCUCAGCAACAUCUACAAACGCAAGGCCAACAGCAUAUACAGGCCGUUCAUGUGCAGCAACAAGGACCGCAAGGAGGUCAGCAACAGGCUGUUAGUCAGGGCAUGAUGGCCAUAAGUACGACCACUCAGCCAAUGCAACAGCAAUCGAACCUUCAGCAGGCACAACAGCAGCAAACACAAAUGACGAGUAAUGUUGGCGGCCAGCAACAACAGCAUCCGAAUCUUCUUAAGCAGAUGCUUGUUCCUGGUGUCCAACAAGGACCUGAUGGUAACAACAGUGGGCCAAACCAAAGCGGCGGCUUAGGGGUUGCGGUACCACCCCAGAUGGCCAUGCAGAUUCAGCCUGGCCAGACAUCACAGUCAAUCCCGAUCGUCCAGCAGAUGGGUGGAGUCGCAGGGGCCAUGCAGCAGCAAGCACACCAACAACAACAGCUUAGCACCGGUCAACAGAUGUCGUCUGGAAUAAACCAGACCACCGCAGGUGGCAUGCAGGGAAUACAACCACAGACUCAACAGCAACAAAUUAUGGCUGGACAGCAGACCCAGCAACAGGUCAUGGUACAACAAGGACCCUUACAACAGCAACAGAGCAACGCAGGCCAGCAGAGCCUCAUGCAGCAAGGCAUGAUGAUUCAAACGGUUCAGGGAGUUCAGCACAAAAUGAACCAGAUGCAAUUGGCAGCAACGGGACAACCACAGCAACAACAACAGGCACAACCACAGCCAGGCCAAUAUAACGUUCUGCAGCCACAGCAGCAGAAUCAACAACAAGCAUUCCAACAACAGCAAAUGGGUGGUAUCCGAACCGCGGUACCGAUGCGGCAACAGAUGUCUAUCCAGCAGUUGCCUCCGCAGAUGGUUCAAGUUGGACAACAACAACAACCACAACAACAACAACAACAACCACCACCACAACAACAACAACAACAACAACCACAACAACAACAACAACAACAACAACAACAACAACAACAACAACAACAGCCUUCGCCAAUGGGGUCGAUACAGGUUGUUGGUCCUCAGAUGGGCCAGCAAGGCGCUUACCAACAGCAUUUACAGCGGAUGCCUCAACAAAAUUCAACCAUGAUCAUGCAAAAUCGACAGGUUUCGUCAAGUCCGAUGCGUAGUCCCAGUCACGGAGCGCCGGUUCCCGGCGGGAUGGGCAGCCCUCAGCGCAACCUUCAGUCGCCCCACAACCAACUGCAAAGUCCCCACAGCCAGAUGCAAUCGCCGCACUCUCAGUUGGCAAGCCCUCAGCAGCAGAUGGCUAGUCCCCUCGGCCAGCAACAACAGGCGUCCGGUGGUCAACUACCGAGUCCCCAGCACUCCGCUCAGCAGAUGGGUAUGAUCUCGACUUCAGCGGUACAACAGCAACACCAACAACAAAUGGUUGCCCCUGGGGGACACCUUCAAUUGCCGAUCGGCGUGCAAGGAGCUCUCCAGCAGCAAUCUCAGCAACAGUCUGGCAUGCAGCCGCAACAGCAAAUACACCAAAUGCAGUACGGCGGUGGAGGAGCAGGCCCUGGCGGUCAGCAAAAAGUCGUCGGUAUACAGCUUCAGCAAAUGAUAGUUAUGAAUCAACCGGGUGGCCAGGGCCCACCGCAGCGGCAACAAAUGAUGGGUGCUAAUUCCGGAGGUCAAAUGCAAGGAGUCCAACUACAACGAGUUCUUCAGCAACAGCAUCGACCCGUUCAGCAAGCACAACAGGGAAUCCAGCAGCAGCAUUUGCAACCUGCUCUCGGUGGACAUAUGAACAUGCAGGUGGUUGGACAAGCUGGCGAUCAACAGCAGAUGGUCAUGAUGACAGGAGGAGGCCAGAUGGCUACGCAAAUGCAGAUGGGGGGCGCCCAGCCGGGUCAACCUCAGCAGCAGCAACAGCAGCAACAGCAGCAAUUUGUGCAAAUUCAGACUCAACAACAUCAAAUCUUUCAACAAUAAAAUCCAGUAAGGAACGAAUUCUGAUAGAGCACAUGAAGCGCAAAAAAAACGUUACGGCAUGGCGGGUAGUGCUAAGCAUUUUAAGAGACGCUGGUGUGUCAUUAUUGCGAACAAUGACGCCUAAUCAGAAGUCAAGGCCACAGUUUUAUUAUGGUCACUGUCGUAUGGGUUGUAUAGAUAAAAAUCAAAAACCAAAUUUUAGAUUUUAUGUAUAGUAAUUAUUAGCGGCAUAACAUUAUUUUGUUAUGAUAGUAAUAAUAUUUUAUCGGUGGAUUUUUUCUCGCACUAGAGAGAUGACGAGGAGGAACUCUCGCUAAUGAAUCUAGAAACUUUGAUAUGGACAAAUCGAUUUAUAGUUGACGAAGCUAAUUUCGGCGAGAGGUGACAGUUUUUUGCGUUAAAGAAAUGUCUUCGAUAUUUUCAUGUUGAUUCUCUAUAUUGUUUUGACUUUUUUAAAUAAAAAUAUAGAUUUAUCGAUAUUUUUUAUAUGUUGAGGGAGGCUGUGGCCUCUACCCAGAAAUUCGCUGACUCUUGAGGUAUCAUUGUCCUAAUAAACGAUUUCUCGGCAGAAAUAAUUAUCAAUGACCCCUCGAGCGGUAAUAGUGUACCGGCAGAAAAUGAUAAAGUAUAGUUGUUCUUGGAAUAUGUCCUAGGUGCCAAUACCGUCAGCCAUAUAGCGCGUUAAUUAUCAAAAAACCUUGAACGGGGAACUUAUUCUAUGCGGCGUAACUCAGUUUUCUAUGAAAAUCUGUAUUUCCUGAGAUUAGUAGAGUCAUACAACGUGGUAUUAUUGUUGAAGCGUUUUUGCUAGGAUUGAGAUAUCUCCAGUUCCCACGGUUUCUACUAGCGCUUGUUUUUGACCGUUGCUGCACCCUUUUACGAGCUUUUCUUUAAACUUAUACCUAUUGGCGUUCGACUCAGGACAUCCCUUUCGAUAAAUAGUCGGUACUGUUACGAGCAGUCGAUCAAAUACAGCCGUUGUAUAUAAAUUAUGAGCGUAAUUUGUAAUUCAAUCAAAACUAAAUCGUAAGAGAAAGGGGCAGUGAGUCCGAAGCUCAGUUUAGUAGGUUGAAAGCUUUGUGAAACUCCAUUCAAGUGUACGAGACGACGCCUUCUAGCUCAUGUCUGCUUGGCAGUGAGAGAAGGUGCUAUUCUUUCGCUAUACGAAACGCAGAACGUGCUGGCUGUAUAUUACUGAUCUGUUAAUUUAGCGAAAUGUAUGUGUACGUUUUAGAAUGUGUAUGUGUGUGCUUUAAUAAAAAUGCCUACAUAACUAAAAUUCAAAAUGUCCCAAAGAUUUCUUCAAUACACCGCUACUAUCAACACUGAUGAACACUAUCGACAAGUGCCUUAUUGGUAUUGUCGACUAGAUUAAUAGCAGAUUCGAAAGAGAACUAAUACAAAAACUAGUACAAAUACAAAUGUAUGAUAUAUAAAAUAAAAGAAGACCGCGUAAUAGGAAGAGAAUACAGGAGUUGUGUACACUGUAAUAAAAACACAAAGGGUUUUGUGUUCAUUUAUUCAUUUGUCAUACAUUUCAAAAAAACUUUUUUCUAGCAUUUUUCUUUGCCGUAUGUACUGUAAUACAUGGCCAUUCGCAGUAUGUCUGACAAAUCGCAAAUAAAAUUCGAUUAAUCUCUUUCCACCGACUCUUCUUGAUCCCCUUAUUUCUUUACCUCUCGGUCUACGCCUUUUCACGCCUACCUUUUAUUUGGACACACAGCUUAUAGCCUAUACCGUGGGGCUGCCGUAAUCCCGUCAAUAAAGUUUUACAGCGGUAACGCUGCAUGUUGAAAGCCUUUAUAAAGGGUGUGAUGCGCUGCUUUGUGGCUCAAGUUAAAUGACAGUGAUUAUCGGAUCGCAAUCAAGUAGCGUAUUAUUUCGAAAGAUCGCAUUUUUUGUGUAGGUAUAUGCAUAAUCAAAAUCGCCAUCUUUUGAAAAAUUGCAAAGCUUUUGCCGUUUAAGCUAGAGUAAGUCACCCGUGUAGGCAAACACCCCAUUGGUUCAACAUCACCCAUCCUUGACUGCAGUUUAAAAGCUGUGAAGACGUCCACUCACUUAUUUGCUUUUUUUCUAAUUAGUUAUAUAUAUAUAUAUAUAUAUAUAUAUAUAUAUAUAUAACCCUCGAUGAUAUAUUAUACAUUUUGUAUAAUGAAAUAUAAAGAAAAGGUCGAAUCUGAAUAUAGCACAGGCUAAUAAAACAAACAACGCAAGGUUGUGAUACCAAAAAAAGACUAUGAAACUACCAGAGUGUUUAUAUUAAUUAAAAUACUGGUAAACUUCAGGAUAGACAUAGACUAAAAUUGCAUAAAUAAUUGAUCACAACGAUCUCUAACGAUUUCCCUUCUGAAUACGUAAAAACCAACCGUAUACGAAGAAAACAUAUAGGAGGUGUUUUUCGCUUGUUUUAUCUCCUGGCACACGUUUAUACUUAACGAAACCUUAUGUGAUACAGUGUGGUUCAGUUACUUGCUUUCCAAUGCGCAUGUUUAAUCUGUUUAAAUAAAAUGUUAUAUUAGGAAGGACUAACUGUUCUGUUGAAUAACCGAUGUUCGUGAAUACAACUCUAGCAAUAGCUGAAGCGGUCUGAGGUUAUUACGGUUCCAUACAAAAACGGUGAAAGCGCUACCGACACUCAUACGAUUGGGCU